GUGAGCGCCGCUCCCGCGGUCCCAGGCCACAGCCGCUCGGGCGGCGGUCGAGAAGGGGCAGGGCGCUGUUCCAGCCCACGCUUCCGGUGGGUGGUGCGCCGGGGGCCCGGCAGCCGGGGCGGCCCUUUCCGGCUGUGGUGAGGAUGGCGGCGGAGAAUCACUGUGAGUUCCCGGUGUCCCCGGCUGGCGGCCUCGGCGCGGGCGGGCUUUGCCGUCGGUGUAGCUCAGCGCCUCUGCCCGGUGCGGGGCCCGGCAAGUGGGUCCGGCUGAACGUGGGGGGCACCUGCUUCCUGACCACUCGACAGACGCUCUGCAGGGACCCUAAGUCCUUCCUCUUCCGCCUCUGCCAGGCCGACCCCGACCUGGAUUCGGACAAGGAUGAAACAGGUGCCUAUUUAAUAGACAGAGACCCAACCUACUUUGGGCCAGUGCUGAACUAUCUCAGACACGGGAAACUGGUUAUUAAUAAGGACCUAGCUGAGGAAGGUGUUCUGGAAGAGGCUGAAUUCUACAAUAUCACAUCUCUAAUAAAACUGGUAAAGGACAAAAUAAGAGAAAGAGACAGCAGAAUUUCACAGGUGCCAGUCAAACACGUAUACAGAGUGCUGCAGUGUCAGGAAGAGGAACUCACUCAAAUGGUUUCCACAAUGUCCGAUGGCUGGAAAUUUGAACAGCUUGUCAGUAUAGGUUCCCAGUACAGCUGUGGCCGGGCUCAGCAGUCAGAGUUUCUGCUGAUAGUGUCACGGGAAGUGAAAGGGGAAGAGAGAUGCUUCCAGAAAUGCUGCAGUGAGCUGGUCAGUAUUGGUUCUUCCUAUAACUAUGGCAAUGAAGAUCAGGCGGAAUUUCUGUGUGUUGUCUCGAAGGAAUUGCAUAACACUCCUUAUGGCACAACCAGUGAACCCAGUGAAAAAGCAAAGAGUGAGGAUGAAGAAACGGAUUACGAUAUGAAUGACUCAGAUUAAGUGUAAAUGUCAUGAUUUUGCAAGAACGAGGUUCCAGGAUGUGAAGACAGUAUUGAACGGUGACAAUUUUUUUUCUUUUAUUCGAAGAUGCAGUGAAUUGUCACACUGAAGAGGCUUGGCUGCAAAAGGAAAAUCCUGAUUUAGACAAUUUUCUGUUUAUCUGGGUUCAACCAUAUUUGCCUAUAAGCUGGUGUCAACUUCUGGAAGCAUUGCAAGACUACAUAAUGGGAAUAGAUGGUGUGGGAGUGUGUGUUAAGUUUUGGUUGUAGUGCAUGGUUGUACUCUCUUGUUGGCCAGUUGACACUGGUCAUUUGAAAAGAAAUGACCAUGCACUCACAUUUUCCUCAGAGACAUGUAGCACUUGAUGUCUGGUGCUGGAUGACCCAAUGUUGAUCAUUUUGGAGACAUUUUCUUACUAAUCAUUGUAAACCUUAGAAGGACAAUGUAAUUGGUGCUACACACACACACACACCCACCCACCCACACACCCACACACACAACCCCCUAUACACACACACAAAUGUUACAGCCCAGAAACGCAAGUGUUUGGGUGCACGUUGUUUCAGAAUCAGUGUCAGCCCCAGUUGACUGUAUUAUACUGCACAUUCCUUAUGGCUCUGUGACAUAAUCUAUUAUGUAAUAACAGCCUAGGAGAUCAACUGAAACUAGCACAUGUAAAAGUUACACAACAGAGAAAAGGUUUCUCUGAAGGGUGUAUAUAUUGAGUGGAUGUAUAGCUUAUUUUAAUACCCAAAGGGAAGACUAAACUCAGAGAAAAUAGCCUUCCUCUGAGUUAUUAGUGAUGUUCCCUCUGUUAAAAAAGUCUCCUGCAAAAGUUAUGCUCCAGUCCUGGUCACAUGCUUGAAAGUGGAAUCAAAAUUCACUUAAAAUGACCAACUGAACAUUCUGGUUUUUUGGAGGUGUUUGUACUCGUAUGUGUGUUUGUGCUUUUAUAAAAUGCCUAUAAGCAUUGAACUGUGUGGAUUAGGGUAGAGAUUUGUCUAGAGCUGAAAGUUUUACAGAAAUACAGCUGGCUAGUCCUAGGUCCCUGUCUCUAUGACUCAGAUUAAAAUCGACCUUAGUGUGAACAUAAAUUCAUCCAGUUGAAAAACCUGAUUACUUUGGAUAUUCAGGAUACCUGUAAUCAACCUUUCUCUUUCUAUACACUUUCAACUAUGCAGUUAAGAGCAGUGUUUGAACAGAAUGUAGUGCAGCUUUGUUAGUUUGUCCUUGAUGAAGGCUAAUACACAAGACAUACACUAUGUUUUGAGCAAAAUCUUUAGCACAUCUUUAAAACACUUAAUGAAAUGGACAGUAUAAAACUUGGCUUCAUUGACUCAUGGAACCAGUGGAAGGGAGUUUCAAAAAGCUACAAGAUGGUUUUAAGUUCUAAAGACAUUACAGUUUUCAUUCUUGGUAAUUUCAGAAUUUAUGCAUAUACUGUAGGUAAUCCUUUACACAAAAGCCUGAUUUUCAAACACCCAGGGUCUACUUUUUUUUUUUUUUUUAAGGACUUACACAUUGAUAAAAGUUUGGCAGAACAAUUUGUAAGAAACAUUUCUACUAAACAGAUUAAGCAAUGGGCUAAAUGUCUUGUCCGUGUGCUUAAUGCUUGAAAGAAUUUGUAAUGCAUUUUGCGACUUGGAUGUGGUCUGCACGGGAAGCUGCUGGCCCCUCCACAACACAUACAAUUUUUGUCGUUUUUUAAGAAGUUAAAACUGAAUUUAAUUUACUAAAACUGUUAUUAUGUAGGGGGAAAUGUUUAUACUUUUAUACUUUUUUAGGUACCCAUAUUUUAUCAGCUUAAAUUGAGCACAUGGAUGUCCCUUAGUGACAGAUUAUCUUGUGUAUCUGAAAAUAAGCAUAACAAUUGUCUGUGUUAACUGCAUAUUAAAACAUUUCCUCUGCUGCAGUAGUCACUGUGUUUUUAAGCAGUAUGACUCCACCAAAUUCUCUGAGGUCCCCAACUCAUGGAAUUGCAGCCAGCCAUGUUGUUUUCUUGAUGUGCUCUACAGAGUAAAUCAGCAUUGAUGUAAGUGGAUUUUAAUGCCUAAAAUACCAGUUUUACAGUGAUGCUUCUGAAUCAGCAUUUCUGUUGCCUCUAUUAUUAAACCCAAAAAGGACAGACUAUUUAAUAAAGUGAAAUUUUCCUGAAUGACAUUAGCAAAGCAUGAGUAACAAACUGAGCAAGCUGAACAAAUUUAGAGUAUGUAAAGGAGUGGGGUUUUUUUAAGUAUGGCGCUUUUUUCCCACUGGAAUAUUUUCAGUUUUAAAACCUGCUUUUAUGAUGAGAUUACCUGCAGUUUACAACUUACAUUGUAUCCCUGCCAUAGCCAAUUUUAGGGAAAUGAGUGUUUAAUAAUUUUUUGCACUUUGUUUCCAAUGCCUCACAAAGAUUUUAAGAAGGAAACAAAAGAGAGAACUUUAGUAGGCAGGUACCUUGUAAAUUAUUUUAAAUACACUGUUGUUUGAGACCACCUGAACUAAGUACUUCCCUUUUCUUGCUAUUGUCAUUAUUGCUUUAAUUUUUGUGAUCAUAUGAGGCUUUCAGAUAGAUGGAAAUGCUCUCUUUAGCGUUUUUCAAGGCAUUAAGAAUUUAUCCCUAAAUAAGUUUUGUUUCUUUUUGUUUGACUGUUGCAGUUUCAAAUAAAGUUAGUGACAGUAAUAAGGUAAUUGCAUUAGAAUCCAAUCUGCAUCACCAGACUUUGCAAACAUUGCUUCAUCUGUUGAGAUCUUGCAGGAUGAAGUAAUAUACCCAUACAGUUUAAACUGGAAUCCUUUGUUCCUUUUCUGCCAUUUGGAGAGUACCUACCUGAGAAUUGCCUGUGACUGUGCAGAGCUGAGGGGUUCACUAUCAGGCUGGAGCUGCAAAGCUGUACUGGACUUAACUUUGGACGUACACGGCUCCUCUAUUCUUAAAUCAGAACAGUAUUCCAGGUUAGAAUUUUAGAUCCUGAGCUUGAAGAGAUCAUAGCAGAAGGAAUAAAGCAGGAAGGGAGAGAGAUUAAAUUCCUUAAAGGCACUUACAUGACAAACUUCUUGCGAAACUUGUUUACAAACAAAUGUUCAAAUCUGCUAUAGCAAAUUCUUGAAAUUUCUUGCUUUGAGUUGGGAAACAGCUUAAGUUUUCUCAGAGGUAUUUUUCUUUAUUGGAGAUGACAUUUUUAUAUAAUACGCUUUUUACUUCUUCAAGCAGCAAGUGAAUCAGAAUUUGUCUGCAAUGAACAAGUAAUUCUGAGGCCUCAAAGACAUCAAUGUCACAUGGUCCAUAAUAACUGUCCAAAUGUAUACUCUGACUCAGCAGCUCCCAGCCCAAAGGUUACCUGGGAUUUUGUCCUACUUACUGUGGGAUUUCCAUAGAUCACGGUUAAUUAUAGGGUUUUUAUCCCACCGUAAUUUAUAAUUGCAUGUCAAAGACUUGAUUGAAUUUAGAAGGUUUUUUUUGAUUCCUUACUAAAGUUUCCAUAAAGUUUCCAGAAUCAUAUACCCAUAAAAGUUGUAAAAUGUACUCAGUUUUUUUCAAACUCAGAUUUCUUGUAAUGAUAAAAGUUCCUUUCAUCUUGCACUGUAGCAUUAGGAGAAGAUCUUUCCUAAAAAUGAAACUCUGUGAAUCAAUCUGACCUUUUGCUUUCAGAUUUUCUUUAGGCAACAGCUGUGUAACUCCAUUUCUAGCAAUGUGAAUGCACAGUUGUGAUUCAUUAGAAACAGGACUAUUUCCUGCACAUUCCAAAAUUGAAUCAAUCUCCUCUCUUCCUGAGAGAGGUGAUUUUUUUGUGGGUUUUUUUUAGGAGAAAAAUAAAAACUGGCAGAUUAAACAAAAGAUAACUUGAUUGCAGGCAUGCAACCAAGGGAACAAGUCUGCUGAGCAGGGUGAUAGUGUUAUCAGAGAAGUGCUUCUCAUAACAGAACACUAUUCUGUGAAUGUCUGUUGAGGUUGUUGAGAGUUGUCAGUCUCUGUUUAAGCUGUAGAGAGCUACCACUAACAAAUUAACAUGUAUUAGUUACAAAUUCUUGUUAAUAUUACAAAAAUGAACUUGGGGUGUAAAAGUGCAAUAGUAUCUGGUUCAGUGGAAUUAAAUAGAAUCUGGAUUAUAAUUACCCAGGUAUACUGGACUGUAUCCCAUGGGAAGUACUGGGAGAAGAGUGAAGUCAUCCUGGGCUUUUUGAGGAAGACUGAAGUCAAAUGAAAGCCGGAAGUCUCGGGUUUUGUUCACUUGAGAUGUGAUAAAAUCAGGAAGUGCCAUUCUCCUAUUUUUAUUCUCUCUCUUACCAUGUUAGAAGUUUCAAGUUUUUCAAAUUAACUUUUCAAUCAGCUGUUGAACUGUGGAGCUCUUGAAAGAUGAAAUCUUGUUAUGCCUUUAACAGUGUCUGUUAUCUUAAGUGGUCAUUGGAGAAGCAUCUUUUGUAACACAACAGCUUUGAAAUACUUAAGCCUCAGGAUGCUUCCUGUUACUGCAUUGUAGUUUAGACUGCAGUUAUCUCCAGUUCUAAGAACCAUCUUGGGAUCUUACGUGCGGUUUUGUGUAGAAUUAUUGAUUCUUUAAAUGGAAUGAAUAUUCAGUUUAAAAAAAUGUGGAAGGCUCUCUGAACUCAGUGUUCAUAUAAAUAUAAAUAUAAAUUUUCAUUUGUUUCACAAAAAUCAAGAGCUGUCUUUGAAGGCUUCCUAAUGAACAGAGGCUUUGAAGGGCUAAAUAGAUCUUAUUGUCCAGUUUAACUAAAUGACUGUCAGAAGGAAAUCUUUCCAUUUUCAGAGCAGAAAUGCUAAGGGCUAAAAUGCUUUCCAGGGCUAAUUUGAGGUUCCAGAGCCGUACAACGUUUAAGAAACAACUAGUUUGUUUUCCUUUCAACUCAUGGACUCGAAGAUAAUUUUUUACAAAUGGCUGAACCAAUUGCAGAUGUAAGUGUUCCUAUAUGGCUUGGAUUUUCAGUAUCCAGAUUGGAUAAGAGCAUACUAGAGAAGGCAGUAUACUUACCCUCCACUGUAUUAUUACCUUUGCUGAAAUCUAAGAACUUUUAUGAAAAGCAUUGGCAAUAGAGAAGCUUUGAGGAAGACUCUCCCCCAGAAAAUUGUCACAGAAUAUUUCUUUGCAACUUAGUUGACCUUUAGUUUAGCAACGUCUACCAAGGCAUAAACUUCUCAGAAGUUCAGUGAAUAGAUACUGCUGCAAAUACAGCUUUCUGGAUGCAACAGAGGGUUCUCUUCAGGUUGUUGUGUCUUAACAAUUACUGUAACAAGAAAAACAUUUUUAAAAGUUAUUUUGCUACUUUGAGGUGAGGAGGUUCUGUGACUGUGCUCUUCAUUGCCUUAGAAAGCGGAGUCUAAAUUUUGUCUUAAGACCUGUUGUGCUUUUGAGGCCUCUUCAUCUGAAAUGAGUAAAAAGUAAAUGUAUUUGUUAUGUACAUGAUUCUUGCUAAUUUUGAAGAUUUUCCAAAAGUUUAUGCAGAACUUUACUCACAUGAACUUGCCACGUCUACUUGCUAGAAUAAAGCAAGUGCCAAGGCACUCUUAAAAGUAAUGUUGCCAACCUCUACCUGGAAGUGAAACAAGAUCACCAAACUGAAGAAGUAUCAAAUGGCAGCUUUUUCCACCUGCUUCUGUCCUUAUCUUUACCUCAACCUAGCUAUGAAAAAUCGACUUCCUAUGCACUCUUUAGGACCACCUACCCAGUUCAACAAAUGUUCUUUUUUCUUUCACCUGUUCCUCCAAAUCACUGGUCUCAAAAUCAGUAGUGCAUCAUCUGUUUGUGCUUAUACUAAUCAAGUGGCCAUACUUGCAACAUGUUAUUUCCUGGAUAGUGGAUUAGCAAUAACACUUUAUUUUGUGCCAAUUCAUUAUCUCUGAAGUGUUCUUACUGCAGCAAAAUUUGAGUUUUGAUUUGGUUUUAGUGCAUUUGCAUUAACCAAAACUCAUAGUAGAGAUGCAGACAAGAAACUGAAUUCAGGGAAAUUUCCCUGGUAGAAAAAUCUGCUAGGGCUUCCCAGAUGAUUUGAAGGUGGUUACAGUUAACCAUCACUUUCAAAACAAACUAAUGAAAUGUGUGUGGGGUUUUUUUUAACUUCCUUUUCAUAAUAUUAGUGUAUUGUAAACUGCAUGGAAUAAACCUGGGUUUUCCCUUUUA